UUUGCAUGUUUCUAUUAUUUAAAAAUCCCCACACGUUUGUGCCCCACUGACAUUUAAAUUCAAUCUCGAGAACUGUCAUAACAAAACGAAACGCAACGUAAAUAACACCGUGAUUACAGAGCAGUGUGGAGGAAUUUGUGAUUUUAGAGAAACCUUCCGCACUUUCUUUCGUUCGCUGCUCAAAUAAAAGUUAACCGCGUGUGAGGAAAGUCCGGUCGUCGGUUUCGUGGGGUGGAUAAACGUCAAUAUGCUUUCUUCGUGGUUACGCACGGCCGGCAAACUGCUGCCUCCCGCCCGGACCUAUUCAAAUGUGGCCACGGCCAGCUCGGCCAAACUGCAGGAGCUAGCGCUGGAGGAAAAGUGCAUCCUGGUGAAUGAACGCGAUCAGUACGUCGGUAGUGCAUCGAAGCGGGACUGCCAUCGGGUGGAUCCCGAGGGUAACAUUCGCCUGCAUCGAGCGUUCAGUGUGUUCCUGUUCAACAGUGCCGGAGACAUGCUGUUACAACGCAGAUCCGUCCACAAGAUAACGUUUCCCGAUUGUUAUACGAACGCCUGCUGCAGCCAUCCGUUGUACGACAUUGACGGAGAGCGGGAAGAACUAAACGCAGUUGGUAUUCGACGUGCUGCCCAGCGGAGAUUAAACUACGAGCUCGGCAUCCCGAUGGCACAGGCACGGCCGGAAAACUUCCACUAUAUCACCCGCAUUCACUACGCCGACAGGGGUGAUGGGACGUGGGGCGAGCACGAGAUCGACUACAUUCUGUUCCUGCAGAAAGACGUCGAUCUAAAGCCAAACGACAGCGAGGUAAGCGAGGUACGGUACAUUCCGCGCAACGGGCUGGAUGCAACCAUCGCUAAUCUCGGUGCACCGCUAACGCCCUGGUUCCGGCUUAUCUUGCAACACCGGCUACCGCUAUGGUGGGACAAUUUGCAUCAGCUGAAGAGCUACGAAAACCACAAACAGAUCGAACGAUUCUAGCGGAAGGGACCAACAUACCAAAUGGGGCAUUAUUGGCGCGUGUGUUCGACACACAUGGUGCUGCUAGAGGCAGAACGAUAGUGAAAUGAUUUCAGUAAGCUAAUAUGUUUUCGGUUGCAGGGAAUAUUUAUGGUGGGUGAGAGGAUGGUUUUAAAAGAAAAUAUUUUGUUAUAAACUUUUUUCCUAAAUGGACUGGAAUAUACUAUGAAUCUAUUUUUCUACUACAAAUA